GCAUAAAUAUUCCAACAAAAACUAACUAGACCUGGCUUUUCAACCCCAGGAUGGAUUGAUUUCAAAUUUCAAAUUUCAAAACAUAAAAAAAAAAAAUCGGGACUGUGGCACGAAAUUAACAGUCGGAGCUUGCCACUUCUCGAAGCCACCGCCCUGCUUACUCCUCUCUGGGUUGCUAUUUUUUACCCACUGGGAAUGGACACUGGUGAGAUAUUAGCGGAGCUGCUUCAAGUAGAGGUUGAGAUUCAAGAUGUCCAAGACCAAGUAAAUAUGUUGCUUGAGCAGCAAGAGAAGUUGUAUGAUAGACAGUCUGAACUAAAGGCCCUGUUGGAAGCAUGUAAAGGAUUAGGAGACCCUGUUACAGAUGGUGCUUCGUCUACUGUUGAAAACUGGUCUGGGCCAUUUGAGUGGGAUUCUGAAGCUGAUGACAUGAGGUUCAAUGUUUUUGGCAUAUCUGCAUAUCGCGCAAAUCAAAGGGAGAUCAUUAAUUCAAUCUUGAGUGGAAGAGAUGUCCUAGUGAUUAUGGCUGCAGGUGGUGGCAAAAGCCUGUGUUACCAGCUUCCAGCUGUUCUUCGUGAUGGAGUUGCUCUUGUUGUCAGUCCUUUGCUUUCUUUAAUACAGGAUCAGGUGAUGGGUUUGACUGCUUUAGGCAUUCCAGCACAUAUGUUGACGUCAACUACUAGCAAGGAAGAUGGGAAGUUCAUAUACAGGGCGCUUGAAAAGGGUGAAGGAGAUCUCAAAAUAUUGUAUGUCACACCAGAAAAGAUAUCAAAGAGUAAAAGAUUUAUGUCAAAACUUGAGAAGUGUCAUCAUGCUGGCCGUCUCUCUCUAAUUGCAGUUGAUGAGGCACAUUGUUGUAGUCAGUGGGGUCAUGACUUUCGACCUGACUAUAAGAAUCUUGGCAUCCUCAAGACUCAGUUUCCUAAUGUUCCUUUGGUUGCUUUGACUGCAACUGCAACACAGAAGGUCCAAACUGAUCUGAUGGAUAUGCUGCACAUUCCAAAAUGUAUUAAAUUUGUCAGCACAGUCAAUAGGCCAAAUCUCUUUUAUAUGGUGCGGCAAAAGUCAUCAGUUGGUAAGGUGGUGAUUGAUGAAAUUGCCGAAUUCAUCCAAGAAUCUUAUUCAAAUAAUGAGUCUGGGAUAGUUUAUUGCUUUUCUAGAAAGGAAUGUGAACAGAUUGCAAAGGAGCUACGAGAGAGAGGAAUUUCAGCUGAUUAUUAUCAUGCAGAUAUGGAUGCAAAUGCUCGUGAGAAAGUACAUAUGCGAUGGAGCAAUAACAAGUUGCAAGUUAUCAUUGGUACAGUAGCAUUUGGUAUGGGAAUCAACAAACCAGAUGUGAGGUUUGUCAUCCAUCACAGCCUGAGUAAAUCAAUGGAGACAUACUAUCAGGAAAGUGGCCGAGCUGGACGAGAUGGACUCCCUUCUGAAUGCUUACUCUACUUCAGGCCUGGUGAUGUUCCUAGGCAGAGUUGUAUGGUGUUCUAUGAGAAUUCUGGAUUGCAGAAUCUCUAUGACAUUGCACGAUAUUGUCAGUCUAAAAGACAGUGCCGUCGGGGUGCCUUUUUCCGGCAUUUUGCUGAGCCAUUACAGGAUUGCAAUGGGAUGUGUGACAAUUGUGCAUUCUCAAGUGACGUGAAGGAAGUGGAUGUCACUCGUCUUGCACAACUUAUGGUUUCUUUGCUGCAAGAUGUGCAAGAGAAUGAUCAGAGAAUGACGAUGCUACAAUUGAUAGACAAAAUGAAAAUAAAGCACAAGGAACUAGGUUCUGAACUGAAGAGAGAGGAAACAGAACAACUUGUCAUAAAGCUUAUAUUAGAUCGUAUAUUGAAAGAAGAAUUUCAGCAUACAGCUUAUGCCACAAAUGCUUACGUAACAUUAGGGCCAUUUGCCAAGCAAGUCUUACAUGGAAAGAAAAAUGUGAAACUUGAAAUUUCUAGCGGAGAGAAGAAUACAGCUAGUCGGAAGUCAGCCAAACGCAGUCUUUCAUCCUCUGUUUUGGAGUUCAAGCUUGAUGAGCUUCGGAAAGAAGUGUCUUCGAUCCAUGGGAAAAUAUUCCCUCAUUCUGUCCUGUCUUCUCAACAAAUCAGCAUGAUAAGUGCGCAGAAGCCAAAUUCAUUGGAACAGUUGGAGAAAAUCAUUGGAAAAUUGAAGACAGAGAAGUAUGGAAGUAGAAUUCUUGAACAAAUUGAGAAGUACCGCGAUUAUGUUCAGACUGAUGAGUUAAAUGAAGGGCAAGGAAGUCAAAAUAGAGGCACCAAACUGCGGAAAACCAAAAAGGAUCAGACUGAUGAGUUAAAUGGAGGGCAAGGAAGUCAAAAUAGAGGCACCAAACGGAGGAAAACCAAAAAGGAUCUCGUUGUCAUUGAAAGCAGUGAUGACGAAGCAUGAUAUGAUCAGUAAUUUAUAAAUUGAAACUUGAAAGAGGAUCAGUAAUUCAGAAGUAAUUUAGAAAUUGAAGAGGCGAUUUUGUCAUUGCCUCAUUCCUUCACCCCUUUUGGAGAGGUAGGACUAUGUACACUCUCAUGUAUAUUUAUAACUUGAAUAUUUAUUUGAGACAGUGAAGUGAUCUUGAUUGUUGUUAAA